AUGGUACCAGUUACUAUCGCUCAGGAUCUACCGCACGAGCAUAGGGACAAUGUAAUCGAUUGGAUCAGUGUCGCUGCUAGCUCUGAAGACCUUCGCGCUACCAUUCUGGAGCUCCAGGAUGUCGAAAGGAGGCUCAUUGUAGUUGUCCGAACCAUCGACGGCCUCUAUCGUAAUCCAUUCGCCAAUGAAGCCUCUACCAAUCGCCAACGCAAUCGCCUGCGGCUUGUCCAAGAUGCGCUGCGUGCUCGUAGGUUCCAAGUUGAGGAGAGACUUUUCGGGCUCACCGAUCCUCGUCGCUACGCAGUUUCACCUGACAGCCCAACGACAGAGGGCCAGGACACGCCGGACAGUCACCAAACAACGGACAGCCACCAAACAACGGACAGCCGCCAAACGAUGGACAACCACCAAGUGACGAAGAGCUACCAAGCGAUAGGGAGCCCGCAAGAUGCACAGAGGACCGUAGGUAUCCUUUCACCGAUAGCUCCAAGGGAAAAGCGAGACGGGGACAAUCCCCUCGAGAGCGCAUGGAGGAGGAACGAUCUCGAAAAGGUAGUAGAGCUUGCAUCGCUCAGCAUUGAAGAGCAUGCUGCUGCGCCCACCCGCGGGGAUCACGAAGGAGUAAGACGGCUCUGCGCCAAUCUGCGAUGUCGCUUCAAAGCGUAUCAAGCCAUGAAGCUCUUCUCGCUGGCGGUAGCAGAUGCUGAACGCGUUCUGCAUUUGGUCGCCACUUAUGGCGACGACCUCGACAGCGACAUGCAGUCGCUCUUUGGGAACAAGCCCGAGGGCGCAUUGGCCACUCAAGCCCAGGAAGGCAGCCUCAAACGCCGAGCUGCGGACGAGCUCAGCGCAAAUACGACAAAGAGACCAAGAAGGAAUGCAGAACCACAGGUGCACAUGCCAGCCAUUUUCCGGCUCUCGACCGAGUUGAUCUGUUCCAUCGCGGAUUUCAUCGAGCCAGCUGACCGCAUUCGCUUGGCCAAUUCAUGUCGCCAAUUCAGGAAGAUUCCGCAACUCUGGCGCCAGCUCGUCUUCAGGCGAGCUCAUAAGGUGCCGAAAGAGGGAUGGCACCGCGACACGAUUGAUGCAUGCAUCACUGCUAUCCAAACGUGUCAGCGUCGGUCUUAUGGCGCGCUGCGCAGCAUUGAGCUUCGAGGCUACAUCAAUUCGGGCAGUCUUACGACGGUCUUCGACGCUCUGCGUCCAAGCUUCUCCACACUCAAGUUCCUGGCCAUUCCUGCAAUGGAUCAGAAGCUGUGCUACAAUCAUUUGUACCAGCAUUGCGCAAAUCUUGCAGGAAUCGACGUGCGGUUCAACCAUCGAGACAGCGUCAGCUCAUACUCGCCUUUGCCUGAGGUGCAUAUGGCUGAUAAGUAUUCCUUCUUCCCGCCAUCGCAAAUGCCUAUCAAGCUAAGCUGUUUCAUCGCAGAUCCAUCCUACGACUGCGGCAAUAUCAGCCCACACAUGCAAAACCUCGAGAUUGUCCAGGGUGUCACCCCAAAACGUCAAGUGCAAACGAGCUUCAUCCAGGGCAUCACCUCCGCUGCGCCGACUCUACGUGAAUGGAUAGAUCACAGAACAUCCAGAUGGUUGAUCAAUUCUGUAAGGGCAGAAAUCACAAGUGAUCAACUCCCCAUGAUCUCCAUCGUCUUUCCUCGACUGCGUAAGCUCAGUGCGAUAUGGAGCCAAGUCCUCCGAGGCUGCGAAUUUCCUGCGCUCGAGGACCUGAGCUUCAAUGCGCAACAAGAGAUCCUGGGCGAGUCGCUCAUGCAGCUUCGCAGCACACAAGCAGUGAGCGUUAUCACGAGGUGCCCUUCGCUUAAGAAGCUCCACAUUCUCCUACCUUCUCAGGCAUCAUCUCAGCGGGAGAUCUUCAACGGGAUCGCACAGAUGGAGCAUCUCGAAGAGCUGCAUAUUUGGGUCCGAAAGCAAGGCUUCACUUUGCAGCCGCUCAUUGAUUGUCAGAACGCUGGCAACAACGCCUCCACUUCGGCCCCAUUGAUGUUGCCGUCUUUACAAACUCUGGGACUCUACAACCGUGACUGGCCACUGGGCGCAGAUCCACUGCUGCAGCACGAGCUGGAUGAGUUGCUUUUGAUGCGCUUUUUCUUGCAGAAAGGUUGUUCUGGCGACGAAGCCAAAAAGAGGACCGCGGCGGCCCUCGCAGCUUACGACAUUCAUAAAACCAACAAGAGACAGAGGAAGAAGCUCGCAACGGACGCUGUGUCAGCUGCAAAGGCUUCUGUCUACCCAGGCGCUUUCGAGGUGCACGAUGGCAUCAAACGGGAGAAAUUCUAUCCAGUGUUGCCUACGCUAGUGGUUGAGUCUGAUCUACAGGCACCAGAUCCGAAGGGAUCAGACAAGCUACUGGAACAGCUCAUUGCUACGACCAUCGAGGACGUCUCUGUUACGGAUCACUUCUGGUCAUGCCAUACAAGUAUCGCUUGA